GGGUAGGGGUGAGUCAAUCUACUUAUGCUAGUGUCUUUAGGUCUUGUGCCGGGUUGUCACACUUAAAAUUGGGUUCUCAAUUGCACGGUCAUGCAUUGAAAGCUGAUUUUGGAUCUGAUAUCAUUGUAGCGACUGCCACUUUGGACAUGUAUGCCAAAUGUAACAGUUUGCCUGAUGCUAGGAAGGUACUCAACUUAUUGCCAAAUCGUAAUUUGCAAUCCUAUAAUGCCUUGAUUGUGGGGUUUGCUCGUGGUGAUCAAGGAUAUGAAGCUGUAAUACUAUUCCGGCUUUUGAUGAAGUCUUAUCUUGGAUUUGAUGGAAUAAGCCUAUCUGGUGCAUUUAGCGCCUGUGCAGUAUUCAAAGGGCAUUUAGAGGGAAUGCAGCUACAUGGGGUAGCUUGUAAGACCCCAUUUUGGUCCAAUAUUUGUGUCGCAAAUGCCAUUAUUGACAUGUAUGGAAAAUGUGAUGCACCACAAGAAGCUCUACGUUUGUUUGACGAAAUGGAAAUAAGAGAUGCAGUGUCUUGGAAUGCAAUAAUUGCAGCUUUCGAGCAGAAUGGACAUGAGGAUGAAACUUUGUUGCUAUUCUUUCGGAUGCUUAAGUCCAGGAUGGAACCGGAUGAAUUCACUUAUGGUAGUGUUUUAAAGGCCUGUGCAGCUCGUCAAGAUUUGCACAUUGGCAUGGUGAUUCACAAUAGAAUCAUAAAAUCAGGGAUGGGGUUGGAGUGCUUCAUUGGAAGUGCUGUAAUAGAUAUGUACUGCAAAUGUGAAAAGGUGGAAGAGGCAGAGAAACUUCAUGAGAGACUGGAGGAACAAACAAUUGUUUCUUGGAAUGCAAUCAUAUCGGGCUUCUCAUUGCGUGAACAAAGUGAGGAAGCUCAGAAAUUCUUCUCUAAAAUGCUGGAAGAGGGAAUAAAACCUGAUAACUUUACCUUUGCAACUGUUCUUGAUACCUGUGCUAAUCUAGCUACCGUUGGGCUCGGAAAGCAAAUUCAUGCCCAAAUUAUAAAGCAAGAAUUGCAGUCAGAUGUGUUUAUAACGAGCACUCUUGUUGACAUGUACUCGAAAUGUGGAAAUAUGCAGGAUUCCAGGUUGAUGUUUGAAAAAGCACUAAAAAAGGAUUUUGUCACAUGGAAUGCUCUGGUUUGUGGCUAUGCACAACAUGGUCUUGGAGAGGAGGCUUUGCAGAUCUUUGAAAAGAUGCAGCUUGAGGAUGUAAGACCAAAUCAUGCAACUUUUCUUGCAGUCUUAAGAGCUUGUGCACAUAUAGGGCUUGUUGAGAAAGGACUGCAACACUUCAAUUCAAUGUCGAAUAACUAUGGAUUAGAUCCUCAAUUAGAACAUUACUCAUGUAUGGUUGACAUAUUAGGGAGGGCGGGACAAAUUAGUGAUGCGCUGAAGCUUAUUCAAGACAUGCCUAUUGAGGCUGAUGAUGUUAUUUGGAGAACUAUGCUUAGUAUGUGUAAGAUGCACGGUAAUGUGAUGGUAGCAGAAAAGGCCGCAAAAUGUCUCUUGCAGUUGGACCCCGAGGACUCGUCUUCUCAUAUACUUUUGUCAAAUAUUUAUGCUGAUGCUGGAAUGUGGAAAGAAGUUGCUGAAAUGAGGAAAGUGAUGAGGUAUGGUGGGCUCAGGAAGGAGCCAGGCUGUAGCUGGAUCGAGAUCAAGUCCACGCUACAUAUGUUUCUUGUUGGGGACAAAGCUCAUCCAAGAUGCAAAGAGAUAUAUGAAAACCUUGACGCAUUGAUAUGUGAAAUGAAGCGAGCUUCUCAUACACUAGAUGGUGAAUGUUUGCUUAACUGUGAGGCUACAGCAGAUGAGCAUCAACACCCAUUUCCCAAAUGCGGGGUUUCUUGUUUUUAGACAGAACCUACUUUUGGUUGUGAUGGAGGUAUGCAAGUGAAAGAAGCUUGCUUCGUGUUGACCCAUGGAAACGCUUGGGCCAGCUUGGGGAUAACCAAGCUGUAUGUGUUGUAUAUUAAGUUGGACAUGUUGGCUGAUCCCUGG